GGCGGGUGGAGAGAGUCAGGGAGCAUGGGGACACGGCAGGCAGCGGGCGAGGGAAGGGCUGCAGGUGCCAUUGUGUGCAGUUCUCUGAGGUUCUCAGGAUCCCCCGCAGCAUCCUGCGUUAGCAAUUCCCUCUAAAAGGUUAAGAGAGCUGAGGGUGUUUAGCCUGGAGUAGCAAAGGUUCCAUGGAGACCUUCGACUCUGUCCAAGUGCCUAAAGGGGCUCCAAAAGAGAUGGAGAGGGACUUGGGACAAGGACAGGGAGAGGCAGGAAAAGGGGGAAUGGCUUCCCACUGGCAGAAGGCAGCGUUAGGUGGGAUACUGGAAAGCAGUUCUUGGCUUUGAGGGUGAUGAGGCCCUUGCACACGUCCAGUGAGGCUGUGGCUGCUGCAUGCGUGGAAGUGUUCAAGGCCAGGUUGGAUGAGGAUUGUAGCAGCCUGGGUUGAUGGAAGAUGUUCCUGCCCAUAGCAGGGUGGAACUGGAUGGUCUUUAGGGUCCCUCCCAACCCUAACCAUUCUGUGAUGAAAAGGUUACAAAUGAACACAGGUCUGUCAGAAACCCCCUCACUGGUUCCACCACUCCCAACACAAUUUCUGUGCUCUCAGCUUGCCAGUAUGUCUGCUCAGUCAGAAAACCGGCAUUUUGUCUGGAGCCCAUAAAUACAGGAAUUAAAUAACCAUUGAGAAAUUACCCCAAUGCUUAUGGUGAACCAGCUCCAAGUCAUUAGUCCCACCCACAGACCUCCUGUCUGAGGAUAAAGAUUUGGGGUUUGAAGGAGCUCAUGGUGGAUGGAGGGUGUGGGAGCACAGGGAGCCCACAUCAGGGUGUGUGAUAAUGCCUCUCUCUCCUCAAACAUUGUCCAACUUUGUGAAUAACAACAUUAAAUUUUGGCCUUGUUUCCAUAAAAUGCCACUGCACUGAAAAUGGGAAUAUGAACUACAGAGUGCUAACAAGUGUAGAGAACAUCUCAUUUAUUUUGUGAGUACGAAAUGGGCAAGUGAAUUCUAAUUUAGAAGCCAGGAUGGAAGUCUUAAUGCCUGAACCUCAGAUUUAUGUGGAAAGAACUCUGGCUAUCAUCAAACCAGAUGUCAUUGGUAAAGAAGAAGAAAUAGAGGAUCUCAUUCUCCGAUCAGGAUUCCACAUCCUUCAGAAACGGAAGCUCCAGUUAAGCCCAGAGCAAUGUAGCAACUUCUAUGCAGAACAAUUUGGAAAAAUGUUUUUUCCUAAUUUAACAGCCUAUAUGAGUUCUGGUCCUAUAGUUGCUAUGGUUCUUGCUAGAAAUUGUGCAGUCUCAUACUGGAAGGAAUUGCUUGGACCAUCCAACAGCCUAAGAGCUAGGAUAACUCACCCUCACAGCUUAAGAGCCCUCUAUGGGACUGAUGAGCUGAGGAAUGGGCUCCACGGCAGUCUCAGCAUCUCCUCAGCAGAGAAGGAAAUUCGGUUCAUUUUUCCAGAAGCAAUCUUGGAGCCAGUUCCCACUGGACAGAGGGCUCAGGAUUACCUGAACCUGUAUGUGAAGCCCACGCUGCUGGCAGGGCUCACUGCCCUGUGCAAAGAGAAGCCAGGAGACCCCAUGAUUUGGCUUGCUGACUGGCUGAUUGAACACAAUCCUAAUAAACCUAAGCUACAAUAUCGCGUCUCUCAGUAAGAGCAUCAGCAGUGAGAGUUUGGUGGAAACCAUCUCACACAUUCCAAGUUACAGAUGUGUAUUGUCAUUUUUGGUCCUUUGACUGUAUAACCAACACUGUCUAAAGUAAAUGCAUUUGUCAUAACUUCUUAUGUCCUCAUGGGAUAAAUAACCCUGCACUUAACCAGGAUGUAGUGGUUCUAAUACCUUCUCUGCUGACAAAGUGACUGUAGAAUUAUACAAUAAAUUUAUGGCAUUGGGUGAUUAGGAAAAGACAAUGUUCUCAGUGGGUGUGACUUACUGCUGUUGUCCACAUUUUCUUAGUUUGGCUGUGUAGGAGAAUAAAAUCAUUUACAGCAGUGUGGAUUCCCAAAUGAAAUCCACCUGACCUGUGCUUUGUGAAGCCAAGGGUUGUGUUUCAGUGAUUUUUUUUAGCAUAAAUUUAGUUACAAAGGGAGGUACUUGGAUGUAAUACAAUUACUGGAGGCAUGUUAGCAACUUUGGUAUUUUAACUGCUGAUUACAUCGCCCAGCUAAGGUUGUUCUUGAAGAUGAUUCACUUGAGUCUGAUGUAUUUUGUCAGAAUGUAAUCUGAACGAUUUAUUUGAAGGUACAUUCAAUGCACCUUUCCCAUCUUGUUGGCAAAAGGCUCAGGGACUACAUAUAACAGGAUGUAUUUUAGUCAAGGACUAAGGUUGUCUUCCAACAUAUGUUUGCAAUAAAGGUGCUUAAUUGGAACAGC